AAUGGCGGAAGCAGGUAAAAAAUCGGAUACGGACAAAGUAGGAGCGGUCGAAGAAGAAAUUGAUAUUGAUUUAAAGGAUCCAGAAGUUGAGAAAGCUGCUCUAAAGAUUCAAUCGAAAUUUAGAGGUUUUAAAGGCGGAGCAAAGAAGAGUGAUAAUGCCGUUAAGAAAACCGAACAAGGAGAAAAUACCCUUCCAUUUUCACCAUUAUUAUCCAUAUACUUGUUUGUAACACUUCUCUCUGCACAAAAAUUGUAUGAAAGUCGAUAUUGUAAACAGCAAAAUGCCGAAAAACAUCAUGAAGAUGUUGAACAAAAACAAUCAGACGUAGCUGAUGAUGCAGAAAAGAAGGAAAAAGUAGAAGAAGCCGAGGAAAUCGAUAUAGACCUGGACGAUCCGGAAACGGAAAAAGCUGCUAUUAAGAUCCAAGCGAGUUAUAAAGGAUUUUUAGCACGAAAGGAGAUGAAAUCUUUAAAGGAGUCUAAUCAAGAUGGUCGUGUUGGUGAAGAACAAGUUGAAGAAGCGGCUAAAGAGGAGACCACUGAUGAUGGAAUGGCUCGAUUUGAUCCUAACGACCCCGCACAAGUUGAUGCAGCUACAAAAAUCCAAUCUGGCAUGAGAGGACAUUUAGCUAGAAAGAAGGUUGCGUCUAUGAAGGAUGCAGCAGCAAAUAAGGAUGCUGAACAAACGGAAGAGCAACAAAAACCAGAAGAAGAGGAAAUUGAUAUCGAUCUUGAAGAUCCUGAAACUGAGAAGGCAGCCUUGAAAAUCCAGGCUGGAUUCCACGGUAUGAUGGCUAGAAAACAAGUUAAGGAAAUGAAAGGGCAACAAAAAAACGAAACUCAAGAAACUUCUGAGGAAGUUGUGCAACCGGAAACCGCCGCAACCGAAGAGGCUACACCUGAACAAACUUCAGAAGAUGCUCAAAAAGAAGGUGACUCUACUGAAAAACCAACUGAAGAGGAGGCAGCCGCCGUAGAAGCAGAUCAGGAAGCCCCCAAAGAAGAAGCAGAACAAGCAUCGGAAGAAAAACCAGCAGAGGAAGAAGCUAAGGAAGAGGCUUCUGAAGAGAAGCCAGCUGAACCGAUUGUCGAAAGUGAACAAGCUCCGGCUGAAGAACAGGCUCCAACUGAAGAAGAAAAGCCAGAAGAAAAACCAGAAGAACAACCAGAGGAUGCUCCAGCUGAGGAGAAGAAGGAAGAAAGUGAAGAAAAGCAAGACGAAACACCAGCUGAAGGCGAACAAAAAGAAGAACCUGCUGAAGGUGAUAAAACAGAGGAAGCUCCAGUAGCAGGCGAACAAGAACCAGAAACUGAAGAAAAGAAAGAAGAGGAACCAACACCAGAAACUGAAGAAAAGAAAGAAGAAGAACCAACACCAGAAACUGAAGAAAAGAAAGAAGAAGAACCAACACCAGAAACUGAAGAGAAGAAAGAAGAAGAACCAACAGCAGAAACUGAAGAAAAGAAAGAAGAAGAGCCAGCACCAGAAUCCGAAGAAACGAAGGAAGAACAAGCCCCGGCUACUGAAGAAGCGCCAAAAACCGAGGAAACGCCUGCAGCCGAAUCUGCUCCACAAGAGUCUAAGGCAGAGGAAGAUGAUGGAAUGGUUUAA